UUGUGCUGAUCCCGCCAUUUGGAGAUCCAUCUUUCAGCCAGCUGCAGGCUGCCGGUGGGAUUUCGCACUGAGCAGAUAGUGCAGGAUGGCGCACAAGAAGAUGAGGUCUUCUCUUGUAGCUUUAGUACUAGUCGUAGCACUGGUGAUGAGUGGGGUAGAUGCCACGGUGAGGUACGGCUUCUACGACCAUUCGUGUCCCAAUGCGAAGCAAAUCGUGUUCAAGGAAAUUCAGAAAGCGUACGAGAAGAACACAGUUGCACUCGGAAUUCUCCGUCUCAUCUUCCAUGACUGCUUCGUUCGGGGCUGCGACGCCUCCAUCCUGUUGGCAGGAAACGACACAGAGAGAGCUGCCGUACAGAAUGUCGGGAUCCAUGGCUUUGAAGCCUUCGACGCAGCCAAGGCCGCCGUCUAGGAAGCCUGUCCUGGAGUGGUAUCAUGCGCUGACAUCCUCGCAUUCGCUUCUCGCGACACCGUGAUCUUGACCAAAGGAAAAGGCUGGGAGGUCCCCGCGGGACGUAUGGACGGCAGCGUCUCGAAUGUUUCGGAUCCCCCGCUGAACCUGCCUCCUGCUACCUUCACGAGCCAGGAGCUCGUAAGUGUCUUUGCUUCUUAGGGUCUAACCGCUCAGCAGAUGGUCGACCUCUCCGGUUGUCACACCAUCGGAAUCACCCAAUGCAUCCACCUGUGCGACAGGAUCUUCACCACCAUCGACCCCACCAUGCCAAAGAGGAUCCUUCUCUAACUGCAGCUCAAGUGCCCUUCCAACACCUCCGCCACUCCACUGCAGAUCGACCGCUACACGUGCAACCUUUUCGACACCCAGGACUUCAGGAACAUCGUCUGGGGCCGCGGCAUAAUGACCUCCGACCAAGAUCUAUUCAGGGACCCUGCAACGCGACCCUUUGUGGAGGCUGAUCUGAAGAAGCGCAACUACCCAUGUGUUUUGAUCAGUGAGAAUUUCAUGACCACAACUUGAUCAAUUGUGGAUUCGGUGUUUAGCAAACCAGAUUAUAUACAACAGCCAUGAUACAUAUAUCUAUCUAUCUAUCUGUUUAGCCAUCUACCUACGGUUCCUGUAAUUCUAUAUCCAGAUUAGAUGAAGAAAAGGAUUCAAAUGAAAAGUGUUGAGUAUAGCAGCCUUCCAUUCGUCUGUA